ACCGAAGGAGGAUCGCAGCCGUUGUCAACCAGUAUAAAGCCCCACCCAGCUUCGUCAAGCUUCUGUCUCACACUGAGUCGCUUCUUCCACGCAAUUUUCUCUAAUGGAUACGCACUCCGCUCACCUCACUGGUACGAAUCGUUCCCGUAGUUCUCAAUCCCCUUCCCCCUCCCACUCCGCUUCCGCCUCUGCCACCUCCUCCAUCCACAAACGCAAAUUGGCCUCCGAGGAUCACGUCCCUCCUUUCCCUCCAUCCUUUUCCGCCGAAACACGCGACGGGGCUCUAACAUCCAAUGACGACCUUGAAAGCAUCUCAGCUCGCGGUGGCGGCGCUGACUCCGACUCCGAUGACGACUCCGACGAUGCCGUGGUCGAGGACGACGAGGAUGAAUUCGAUAAUGAUUCUUCCAUGCGUAACUUCACUGCUGCUCGACUUGAGAACAGCGGUGCUGGAGGUUCUGCUUCGGCCUCUGCCUCGGCCUCUGCUGCGCGUACUACCAAGAUCAAGCCGAAUGCAACGGUGAAGAUCGAGAAUGCGGAUAUCAACAAGGACGGAGGCACGGGCGGUGGAACCAAUGCGGCGGGUUCAGCAGCGGGGACAACUGGAAACUCUGUGUCGGGGAUUGCCGUGAAGGAAGAUGCUUCAAAAAUUUUUGCCGACAGUGUACAGACUAGUGGUGCCUAUAUUUCCAGAGAAGAGAACCUGAAGAGAGAGGAGGAAGCUGCGUUACUCAAAUUUGUAUGCCUUUCAAACGACGGUGUUGAUGAGCAUAUGGUUUGGUUAAUUGGAUUGAAGAAUAUUUUCGCCCGACAACUACCUAACAUGCCCAAGGAAUACAUUGUCCGUCUUGUUAUGGACAGAAACCACAAGUCCGUGAUGGUUAUAAGACGAAAUCAAGUUGUUGGUGGCAUCACAUAUCGCCCAUAUGUCAGUCAAAAAUUUGGCGAGAUAGCCUUUUGUGCCAUUACAGCUGAUGAGCAAGUAAAAGGAUACGGUACCAGAUUGAUGAAUCACUUAAAACAGCAUGCACGUGAUGUUGAUGGCCUAACUCAUUUUCUCACAUAUGCAGACAAUAAUGCUGUUGGCUACUUUACCAAGCAGGGAUUCACAAAAGAAAUACACCUCGAGAAGGACCGGUGGCAGGGGUACAUAAAAGACUACGAUGGAGGAAUCCUUAUGGAAUGCAUAAUCGAUCCAAAACUUCCAUACACUGAUCUGUCUUCUAUGAUUCGCCGUCAGAGGCAGGCAAUUGAUGAGAAAAUAAGAGAGCUUUCAAACUGCCACAUUGUUUAUCCUGGCCUGGAUCUUCAAAAGUCUAAUCAAGACUUGGCUGUUCAGAAGGAGGCAGGAGUUCCGAAAAGACCCAUCAAAGUUGAGGAGAUCCCGGGUUUGAAGGAGGCUGGAUGGACACCUGAUCAAUGGGGCUUCUCACGUUACAGAGCCUUAAACUCUGCUGACGGGAUCUCAAAUCAGAAACAUUUGAUUGCAUUCAUGCGCUCACUUCUCAAGUCAAUGCAUGACCAUGUUGAUGCGUGGCCAUUCAAGGAACCGGUUGAUUCUCGUGAUGUGCCCGAUUAUUAUGAAAUUAUUAAGGAUCCAGUGGAUUUAAAGACAAUGUCCAAAAGGGUGGAGUCAGAACAAUAUUACGUUACUUUUGAGAUGUUUGUUGCAGAUGUGAGAAGAAUGUUUGUUAAUGCACGCACCUAUAAUGCUCCCGAGACUAUUUAUUAUAAGUGUGCAACAAGGCUGGAAGCACAUUUUCAAAGUAGGCUUCAAUCAGUUCUACAAUCUGCUAACAAAAUUCAACCAUGACCUCUGCAAUGAAGAUGCCAGCUUAGUUGUACAGAAUUUUUCUUUCACAAGUAACUUUAUUAUAUUCGGUUAUAUCAUUUCCCUCUAUCCCUGAUUCUUAACUCCUCCAAUCUCCACCUUAUAUAAAUCAAGUGAUUGAAUAAUAUAUUUAUUAGUAUAAUUUAUUUGUGAGAUAGUGUAGUGCACAUCUUAGAUUCUAGAUUUGUUUGAUGUAAGGAUUCACUUUGUUGUCAGAUCACCCCCAUCAUAAAACAGACUUCAAUCUUUGUAUUUCCAAGACAAAAAGGUUGAGAUC